AUGAAGAGUUGGAUGGACAUCAACGUAGAGCGCACAGCGGGAUCGACGAGGAGGGACAACAUGUUCACGAAGCCCGAUCGAGCAUGGAAUACCCCGAGCCCUCCUGCUUCGCCUCGCACCAACAAGGACGACAGCUUCUUAGCCUCCCUCUACGCGGGCAUGCGGACGCCGUACGGAGCUGGAGGGCAGCAGAGGGAGGAGCUGGACCUUUCACCUGAGCUGCAGUCCCAGCGAGACCUUCAGAUGCGGCGAGCGGCUCGAGUGCUGGUGAGCGACCCGGUCUUCGUCAAGCUGGUGGUCGAGCCCUCAAGCAGCGCCUUCGCCGAAGAGCGAGCCUAUGAAGUCCUUCGCUCUGCUUCCUCCUCCCAGCCUUACGCCCUCAUCCUCAGCAAGCUUGCAAGAGACAACAAGUCGCUGAAAGACAUGGUGUUGGAACGAGACAAGAGGAUAUCUUCGUUGAUCGAGCAGAUCAACCAGAUCGAGACAGAUGCUCUCAAGGCGAAGAAGCACUACGAAGACCUUGUGGUUGAUGUUGAGAUGAGCGGGUCCUUGAAUCAGCUGGACGGGAGACGAAUGCAGGAGAUCCUCAAGAAGACAAAGGACCUCAUGCAGAAGAACCAUGAUGAGUUCACCAAGACCAAAGACAAACUUCAAGCCACCAUCUUUGACCUACGAAAGAAGCUAGAAGACUCCUAUGAAGAGAACAUGAAACUACAAGAGCGAGCUGCCUCGCAGGAUCCAACCGACAUGAACCGACAGGUCGUCUCUGCUCUCGACCACCUCAAGGCCUACAUAGCCAAGUCAAUGGAGCAGUCGGAGAGCGAGAGGGAGCGGCUUCUCACCAUGAUCCAAGAGAAAGACUCGCUGAAUGACACGCUGAGCAAGGAUCUCCGCGUCAAGGAGGCUGAGGCCUCGUCCUCUCUUGCUCAGCUCUCGGCGCUGCAACAGCAAGUGGCUGACCUCGAGCGAAGUCGAGCAGAGGCGUUGAAGGAGAACGAGCUGCUCCAGAAGCAGAUCGAGCGGGACGAGACCUUGAGGCUGGCGCUACAAGACCUCAAGCUCUCCCUCCCCUCUCAGCUCUCCCCCGACGACUUCCCUCGGGAUCGCCCGGCGCAGGCUGAGGGGGAAGGGAUGCAGAUGCUGUCGGAGGCCCUGCAAUCCCUGCAGGAGAAGGUCAAUUACAUGUGCGAUCGGCUACCUGUCGACAGCGCCUUCAUGCCGACCUUAGAGCCGCCGAUCAUGCACAACCAGUCCAACGACUCGGCGAUCAUAGGCAGCACCGAGCUGAGGGUGCAGAACGCGGCGCUGCAGAGGGAGGUGGAGUCGCUGAGCGAGAGGAUACGGGAGAUGCAGGACGUUGAGUCGCUUGCCAAGGACAUCAGGCUGCGGAUCGACAGCUUCCAACAUCUGGUGCAGGACCUGCUGACAGAGAAGGAGAAGUGCCGGCAGCUGGAACUGCAGUGCAGGUCCCUGCAGAGCGAAGUGUGCUCGGACAAGGUGCAGUGGUACCAGGGGCAGAAGCAGAGGCUCUUGGAAGACGAGCUCCACAGCUGGAAAGAUCUGGCUGGAGACUUCGAGAGCAUGAGAUGGCUCUCUCCUCAACCGAUCAGCCCUACUGCUCGAACCAACAUCAACAACAUCAACAACAUCAACAACAUCAACAGCAGCAGCAGCAACAACAACAACACAUACUCUUCUAGACAUGACCUCAGCACAAGAAACUCCGUCAGUCCUUCCAGACGUUCUCCUCGCUCAAACUCUAAGCCUGACACCAAGCAGCUCAAGACUGAGCAGGAGGAAGACACCUCGAGGCAGGACAAGAAGAGCGACGACAAGCGGAGCGACGCGGGGAGAGCAGUUGAGAAAAUCCCGACGGCUGCUGACCUUCUCAGGUCGCGCAAGUCAGGCGGUGGCAAGCAGGUCAAGUAG